UGUCACAGACGCAGCCUGGAAAUGAAGUCUCUACGAAUAAUCGUACUGUUUGUUCUGGUCAGUUGUUUGACAAACUGCUUGGCCACCGAAGGUACCAAAGAGUGUAUAAGGAAGAAAGAUGCAAGUGGCAGCCGAAGAUUCCCCAUCAUUCAGGAGCAAAACAAAACAAUCAACACCUUCAAAGAUUCAACUCCAAUGUACCUGAAAAGUGCACUCACCACAGUCCUGCUCCCCUGCCUUUACCUCUUGGUGCUCAGCAUUGGCCUUCCAGCCAACGCCUUGGCUCUCUGGGUCCUGCUCACUCGAAUUAAAAAGCUGCCCUCUACCAUCUUCCUGUUGAACCUGGCAUUGGCUGACCUCCUCCUGACCCUUUCCCUUCCUUUCAGAGUUUCCUACUAUCUACUGGGAAACAACUGGCUCUUUGGAGAGCUGUUGUGUCGGGCCUGCACUGUGCUGUUCUAUGGAAAUGUCUACAGUUCCAUUCUGUUCCUAACUUGCAUCAGUGUUGACCGGUACCUGGCUGUUGUACAUCCCUUCCUCUCAAAGGAAGUCCGGAGGACACGCUCUGCAUAUUGCGUCAGUGCCACAGUCUGGCUCCUGGUCAUUCUCGGCCUGCUGCCUUUUUACAUUAACCAGCAGGCCUAUCGGAUCCACACUCUCAAUAUCACCACCUGUAAUGAUGCACUCCCAGAUGACGCACUGUCUGGUUAUUACUUCUAUUACACUGCUUGUCAGGUGGUUUUAGGUUUUGCAAUUCCCUGUUUAAUCACUGUCUUUUGCUAUGUGUCAGUCAUUGCCACACUGGUGUCAAAUGGCAAGCAAUAUGCCCAAGCAAUAAAGGUCACACUGUUGGUUCUGCUAGUAUUCCUGCUGUGCCUUACUCCAUUUCACGUGAUCUUGUUAGUCCAGUCCAACACACGCAACAGUGACACUUAUGCUUACACCAUGAUCUGCCAAGUGCUCAGCACCUUCAAUAACUGCAUUGAUCCAUUCAUCUACUAUUACAUCUCUGAGGAGUUCAGAAAUAAACUGAGAACAGCAAUCUCUACCCUGAGAAAUGAAACAAGCUCUGGAAAGUCAUCUCAGAGUCUCAUUCAGAGCAACCAGAAACCAUAAGAAUUAUUGUGGAACAUACAGGCUCAUCAGAUUCAAAACCUUUCUACUUUUUUGAAACUUCAAUUGGAUGAUCUUAAAUGCUUCUGCAGUUUUAAGUGCAUCAUCUGCCAGAGUAACAUCAGCCCUUUUGGAAGUUAAACCUUUGACCCUGCCAUUUCAGAGAGCACACCUUAGAUCACAAUCAGUCACUGUUGCACACUUACAUAACAGAAAAAAGGCCCUUUAGAUUCCAUGCUGUUCAAAAGCAAUUGUAAUCUCAUUUCCCAGCAUUUAGCCCACAGCCUCCUAUACCUUGACAUCCAACGUGCACCAUCUAAAUACUGAACUGUUGAGGGCUCCUGCCUCUAGCACCCUCUGGUGGGAGGAGUUUUUUCUCCUCAUGUCUCUGUGAAACGUUCUAGCUCUUACCUCAACAUUAUGCACCCUGGUCACUGAUCCCCUCGACAAGGUCUGUACUGAUCAAUUUUGUAAAUUUCAAUCGUAUACCACUAAUUCGCAACCAUCGGAUUCCUUUUGCCACUACUCUGCUUCACCAUUAAAGAAGAGUCAAGACUUCAAUAAAGAGAAGCAGCUUCUGCUGGAGGGAAUCUACCGAAGGAGAAUCACAUCAAAAUCCAAGCUCAGUCAUUCGGACAAUUACCCCACAAAGCUGGGAAUUGGGUACACAACUGAAACUAGAAGGAUGGAGGAGUUGCUGGGUCAGGGAGCUAUCCCCAUGAUGGAUUGGACAAUUUUUAACCAGGGAAAGAUAUGAACAAUGUUGAUUAUGAGAACAUUGCUGGGUUUGAGGGGGUUUAAUUGCCUUUAAUACUGCAAAGUCUGGUUGUGAAGAGCCGGAGUUUGUGCUGACUGUUAACAAGCGACCCUGCCUGGACACAUUGUUUCACAAACCCAGGAUAUCAUGAGAAAGAAAAGGUGACACUGCAAUUCUCUCGGUUAAAAUAAUUGAAAAGCUGAGUUUCCACAUCUCAUUUCUUGCUAAUGAACUGUGAUAUUUUCAUAAAACUGGGAACCGAUCGGAUUUCAAUUAGAACUGAAUCUUAGAUCAUCCAUCUGCUUUGCACUAGAAUUAAGGGGAACAGUCUUCAAUUGGUUUACAGGUAGGGAAAUAGAUGGUGACAUCUUGCAAAAUAUCCAGAUUACAGAGGAGGAAGUGCUGGAUGCCUUGAAAUUGUUAAAGGUGGAUAAAUCCCCAGGACCUGAUCAGGUGUACCCGAGAACUCUGUGGGAAGCUAGAGAAGUGAUUGCUGGUCCUUGUGCUGAGAUAUUUGUAUCAUCGAUAGUCACAGGUGAGGUGCCGGAAGACUGGAGGUUGGCAAACAUGGUGCCACUGUUUAAGAAGGGUGGUAAGUACGAGCCAGGGAACUAUAGACCAGUGAGCCUAACCUCGGUGGUGGACAAGUUGUUGGAGGGAAUCCUGAGGGCUAGGAUAUACAUGCAUUUGGAAAGCCAAGGACUGAUUCAGGACAGUCAACGUGGCUUUGUGCGUGGGAAAUCAUGUCUCACAAACUUGAUUGAGUUUUUUUGAAGUAACAAAGAAGAUUGAGGAGGGCAGAGCAGUAGAUGUGAUGUAAAUGGACUUCAGUAAGGCGUUCGACAAUGUUCCCAUGGGAGACUGAUUAGCAAGGUUAGAUCUCAUGGAAUACAGGGAGAACUAGCCAUUUGGAUACAGAACUGGCUCAAAGGUAGAAGACAGAGGGUGGUCGUGGUGGGGAGUUGUUUUUCAGACUGGAGGCCUGUGACCAGUGGAGUGCCACAAGGAUCGGUGCUGGGCCCUCUACUUUUUAUUAUUUACAUAAAUGAUUUGGAUGCAAGCAUAAGAGGUACAGUUAGUAAGUUUGCAGAUGACACCAAAAUUGGAGAUGUAGUGGACAACAAAGAGGGUUACCGCAGAUUACAACAGGAUCUGGACCAAAUGGGCCAAUAGGCUGAGAAGUGGCAGGUAGAGUUUAAUUCAGAUAAAUGCAAGGUGCUGCAUUUUGAGAAAGCAAAUCUUAGCAGGACUUAUACACUUAAUGGUAAGGUCCCAGGGAGUGUUGCUGAACAAAGAGACCUUUGAGUGCAGGUUCAUAGCUCCUUGAAAGUGGAGUCACAGGUAGGUAGGAUAGUGAAGGCAUUUGGUAUGCUUUCCUUUAUUGGUCAGAGUAUUGAGCACAGGAGUUGGGAGGUCAUAUUGCGGCUGUACAGGACAUUGGUUAGGCCACUGUUGGAAUAUUGCGUGCAAUUCUGGUCUCCUUCCUAUCAGAAAGAUGUUGUGAAACUUGAAAGGGUUCAGAAAAGAUUUACAAGAAUGUUGCCAGGGUUGGAGGAUUUGAGCUACAGGGAGAGGCUGAACAGGCUGGGGCUGUUUUCCCUGGAGCAUCAGAGGCUGAGGGGUGACUUUAUAGAGGUUUCCAAAAUCAUGAGGGGCAUGGAUAGGAUAAACAGACAAAGUCUUUUCCCUGGGGUUGAGGAAUCCAAAACUAGAGGGCAUAGGUUUAGGGUGAGUUGAAAGAUAUAAGAGAGACCUAAGGGGCAACUUCACACAGAGGGUGGUACAUGUGUGAAUUGAGCUGCCAGAGGAAGUGGUGGAGGCUGGCACAAUUGCAACAUUUAAGAGGCAUUUGGAUGGGUAUAUGAAUAGGAAGGGUUUGGAGGGAUAUGGGCCAGGUGCUGGCGGGUGGGACUGGAUUGGGUUGGGAUAUCUGGUUUGCACGGACAGGUUGGACCAAAGGAUCUGUUUCCGUGCUGUACAUCUCCAGGACACUAUAUUAACCUAGUUGUCACUUGCCUCAGUUUUGGAUUGUAAUAAAAUCAAUUUAGUUAAA